AUGUUGAGCUCUGCAAAGCUGAGCACCCUGGCCAAGUCCUGCCCGGCCACUAAGCCAGACAUGCUGAAUGUCCAUUUGAUCCCUCACACGCACAAUGACGUGGGCUGGCUGAAGACGGUGGAUCAGUAUUUUUAUGGAGGUAUGUGGUGGAGGGAGGGGCCCUAUGCACCGGAGCUACCACCGUCAGACUUAGUGGAUUACUUUGUGCUGCUCAUCUGUAAAUCUCAAAGCACUUGCCAGAGACACUCACGCAGAGGGGGGCAGCGCACCAAUGGGGGGAGACAGGCCCGCUCACAGGGAUUCGUUGGCCCACUGAGGCACAUGCCCACGGACACACCUGCCCCCCAUGGGUAUCUGAUGCGACGCUGGUUAAGACACCGGGACCAGACCCCGGGGUCGUGCAUUGCAGGAUACAAACCAACCCACGCACCUCAGAUCCCUGACACCUGUGCCCUUCCCGGGGUGUGGGCCUCACACUCACCCCCUCACCGGUUACCUGUUCUGGUGGGUCCCUCGCAGCCCACGUCCCGGGGAGCGAACGUGUGUGCGUCUCUCUGGCACGCACGGGGGCUUUGCUCGGGUCGCCUCGUGUCUCGCACAACUGGAUUGUCUCACGAGCGGCGCCCCGUGCUGGGCGGUUGCUGCUGCAGUGGAGAAAGGCAGAUCACGGACACUCCUGCCUGCGGGGGCAGGUGGCGGACGUGGGCGGUGUCGGCCUAUACGCCUCUCGUGCGUAGCUGCAUCGGGCACCUCUGCGCCGAGCGACUCUCCUGUCCUCGCGGCUCCCCCCAAGGGCGCCCGGCUUUCCCUUCCCCGCUGCCCCCCGGCAGUGGCACGGAGCGCGACCGGCCCUUCCCGCCCCCCGCAGGGCGGCUGGAGUUCAUCAACGGUGGCUGGUGCAUGAACGACGAGGCGGCGGCCCACUACAACGCCAUGAUCGACCAGAUGACGCUGGGGCUGCGCUUCCUGCAGGAGACCUUCGGGGAGUGCGGCCGGCCCCGCGCCGCCUGGCACAUCGACCCCUUCGGCCACUCCCGCGAGCAGGCCUCCCUCUUCGCCCAGAUGGGCUUCGACGGCUUCUUCUUCGGCCGCCUCGAUUACCAGGACAAAGCCAACCGGGAGAAGCUGCGGGAGAUGGAGCAGAUCUGGAGAGCCAGCGUCAACCUGCGGCCCCCCACGGCCGACCUCUUCACGGGUGUCCUCCCCAACGGCUACACCCCGCCUCUGUCCCUCUGCUGGGACCAGUUCUGCUCCGACAGCCCCAUCGUGGACGACGUGAGUGAUGAGAACAACGUGGCCAGCCUGGUGGUGUAUUUCCUGAGAAAAGGGGCUGCCCAGGCCAAGCUGUACCGCACCAACCACAUCGUCAUGACGAUGGGCUCGGAUUUCCAGUACGAGAACGCCAACCUGUGGUACAAGAACAUGGACAAGCUCAUCAAACACGUCAACGCGCAGCAACUCAACGGGAGCCUGGUUCACGUGCUCUACUCCACCCCCACCUGCUACCUGUGGGCACUCAACAGAGCCAAUCUGUCCUGGUCCCUCAAAUACGACGAUUUCUUCCCUUACGCUGACGGACCGCAUCAGUUCUGGACGGGCUAUUUCACCAGCCGCCCGGCCUUCAAGCGCUACGAACGGCUCAGCAACAACUUCCUCCAGGUUUGCAACCAGCUGGAAGCGUUGGCCGGUCCAGUGGCGAGGAAGGGCCCCUACGGGGAAGGAGACAGCACCGUGCUCCGCCGGGCCAUGGCAGUGGCGCAGCAUCACGACGCUGUGAGCGGGACGGAGAAGCAGCACGUGGCUAACGACUACGCCAAACGCCUGGCCGCCGGCUGGGACACCUGCCAGGUCCUGGUCAGUAACGCCCUGGCCUCCCUCAGCGGCAGCAAGGAGAACUUCAUCUAUUGCCACUACCUCAAUAUCAGCGUGUGCCCCCUGACCGAGUCCAGCGGCACGUUCCUGGUGAUCCUCUACAACCCGCUGGGCCGGCCCGUGAGCUGGACCGUCCGGCUGCCGGUGAGCGGAGCCUCGUACGCGGUGACGGAUCCCAGCGGCCAGACGGUGCCGAACGAGGUAGGGCCCCGGGCGUCUUCCUCCCCUCCCCGGGGCUGCCUGCUCCACCUGUGUCCAGCCCAGCCUGCAGGGGGGCCACUCGGCACCUGGGAUUGGGCUCGGGCACCGUCUACAGAGCCUCCAAUACCCCAGCCACAGCCCCUCCCCCGGCCAGAGCCUAGCCCCUCCCCGUCCAUUCAGCGGGAGCACGUCCGGGUGCUGUUCAACCCGGUCACCGGGCUCCUGAGAGAGAUUCGGAACCUGGACAAGAGCCUGUCGCUGCCGGUGUCUCAGAACUUCUUCUGGUACAAAGCCAGCAUCGGCGACGACGACAGUGCCCAGGCCUCGGGGGCGUAUAUCUUCCGGCCCAACCGCUCCGAGCCCUUCCGCGUGGCUACAGUAGCUCGCAGGCGGGGACUUAAAACAAAGCUGGUGCAGGAGGUUUACCAGAACUUCUCCUCGUGGUGCUCGCAGGUGGUUCGACUCUACGAGGGGCAGGCCUAUGUGGAGCUGGAGUGGACGGUGGGGCCGAUCCCUAUAAAGCCGAUGUGUGGGGUUAAUCAGACUGAUGCCCUCGGCAGGAGGGAUUAUCGGGCCACCUGGAACCUGAGCCAGACGGAGCCGGUGGCUGGGAACUACUAUCCUGUCAACAGUCGCAUCUAUAUCAAGGACAAGAAGUUCCAGCUGACGGUGCUGACGGAUCGCUCGCAGGGGGGCAGCAGCGUGACUGACGGCUCCAUGGAGCUGCUGGUGAGAGAUGGGAGGGGGGGGAUCCUGCCCGGGCUUGUCCCCCCUCCCCCCACCCCUUUCCCUAUCUGUGGGCUCAGCUGUUGCCUGCCAGCUCCCCUUCCUGGCACCAAAAUGCAGCCAGUUCUGGGGUGGGAUGUGAAUGAGCAGCAGGGGUGGAAGGAAGUGGCUGACCAUGUCUCCUCCCCUCUCCAGCACCUGUUCUCCUCUUCCUCCUUCACCAUCACCUCCCUGCAGGAAAUGAACCUGGUGGCCAACCAGAAGCGAGAUGCCAUGAGCCGGCUCAGCUGGAGGCCGGUCACAGGUAGGUCUGCCCCCCCAGCAGGGGGCACUGGCAGCCCCACAGCCCUAGAGCAUGGCUCAGGGGCCAGCAGCCAGAACCCCAGCGGAGCCGCCAGGCAGCUCUGCCCUCAGGACCCCCCGAAGCACCACACGCGAGUCUGGCUUUGUACCUGA